AUGUAUAAAGUAUCUGAAUAUUCUAACAAUAAUCACGAGCGAGAGGAUGCUUCUACGAAAGAAGAACGCACUGCAAUUGAGAUUGAUACUGGUGAUGCAUUCCAAGAUAAUGAUUAUAAUAUGAGCGCAGACGAAGACAUCGCUGAGAAACCAGGGGAUAGUAUAAAUGAAGGGGAAAGAAUAGAUGAGAUAGAAGACAAAUUAUUAUCUAGUGGAGAUGAGGAUCUAGGUGCAGAAAUGCAUAAAAUAGGAACUGAAGUCGGUGGUGAUAGUUAUAGAAAUUCUGUUGUAGAAUUUUAUAGUGAAGAUGAAAUUGAAAAUUUGGAAGAAGACGAACAAACAUCUGAUAAAGAAACGGAGAAUAUAAUUGAGGAUGAGAAGAGUGAUUAUUUAUCAAACGACAGUGUAGUUGAAUUAGACGAGUUAAAUAAUUUCGAGGACCACGACGAUGUGCAAGAAAUACCGCCUCCUAAUAAUUCAUUGCAUAAAAGAGAGGAUAGUGGGUACAAUAAUCAAGAAACCCUUGAAGUGAGAGAACACGAAGAACUCGUAGAAGAUGACCAGGAUGAAUAUGACCAGGAUGAAAAUGGCCAGGAUGAAAAUGGCCAGGAUGAAAAUGCAGAUGACAAAAUUAAAGAAAUAGAGGUCAAUGCAGGUGGUGCUAAUCAAGAAAUCUUUGAAGAAUUGGAUAAUGAAGGCUUUGAUAAAUCUGAACAUGAUGAAAUAAAAGAAGGAAGAGAAGAGAAUGAUGUAAAACAUGAGAAAGAGAAUGAUGAUGAGAGGGGGGAUGAGCAGAGAAAAAAAGAAGAGGAAGAAUUAGAAGAGAAAGAAAUAGAAGUACAAGGAGAACAGCAAGAAGAUGACGAUGGAAAGCCAGUAAACGAACAAGUUGGUUAUAGAGAAGUUCGUAAGAAUGAAAAUAGUAUACAUGGGGAAACAGUAAUAGAAGGAAUAAUUGAAUAUGGCAAUGAUGAAAAAGAUGAGGUUCGUCCAGAUGAAGAAAACAUACCUGCUAGUUCUAAUAUAAAUGUUCAAUCAAAAAUGCCCAAUUCAAAAUUAGAGAGUACAUUUCCAAUUAUUAUCAACAUUGCUGAAACAGAGUUUCUCCUAGUUCCUUUUGAUAAUCACAGGAACCCAGAAAUAGAUGUAUCUCACUUGGUUUCCUUGUAUGAUGACAAUGAAAUUUUGAAAUUAACUAUAGAAGAGUUCUUUGGGUUAAUGAGAACGAAUGAGGAUCUAAACGAGAUUCACCAAUUUACAGUUAAUAAAGAGUUGGUUCUUGUGAUUCCUGAAUUGAAUUUGUCAAUUACUGAAGAUAACAUUUAUUCUCGUGAUAUUACUAUAGAGGAUUUUAUAGUAUCAUUUGAAAAUUUAAACUCCAAUUCUAUAAAUGAUGGCGAAGAAUUAAUUCAUAAGUCAUUAUCAUUCCUUCUUACUAGUCAAACUAGAUUCAUUACUAAUUUCAAUAACUUAACUGAAAGUAUCCGAAGAGGAAAAGGAUUUAAUUGCGUUAGCUUAGAAAACUCUGUUUAUGAGCCGAUAGCUAUAGCGCCCGAAGCACGUACUGAAGAUUCACAUAAACGACAAUCGUUAGAUUCUAGUGAUGAAACUGAUGCGCAACAAACAAAACGGGCGAAGGUGAGUAUAUAA